GAUACAAUAAAAAUAAGACGAACGUUUUUGUUGGAAUAAACGUUUAUUCAAUGAUAAAAGAGUACAAUUGUGCAGUUGGUCUAAAAGAAGAUAUACUAAGAAAAAUCAAUGUUAUCGAUUUUGGAUUUUGGAGAUGCGUGGCCUCAAUACAUGGCGGUCAUGACAGCUUUAAUAGCGAUGGUAAAUGCUGGUAUCCAUUUUGCUUGGCCUAGUCCUAGUUUACCAAAAAUUAUGUCAGAUGAAUAUAAAUUUGAAAUAACUUCGGAAGAAGCAUCAUAUAUAACCAUCAUAGGUCCUUGUGGUGAUAUCCUAGGGAGUAUCCUGUAUCCCGCUUUAGUCGACAGAAUAGGCAGAAAAAAGACGAUUCUUCUUAUAGCAGUCCCACAGAUAAUUUCCAUGGGAAUGAUAUAUUUCUCAUUCUAUUCCAAAGUUUUACUUUAUUUUGCAAGAUUAAUUGGAGGAUUGGCCGAAGCCGGUUGCUUUACAACUUUGCCUCUGUACAUCGGCGAGGUGUCGGAGCCUCAAGUCCGUGGCGUAUUAGGCUCUCUAUUUUCCUUAGUUUUCAUCAUAGGUGUCUUCACGGUCAACAGCAUCGGGUCUUACGUAACAAUCCAUACAGCAGCUUUAGUAUUCUUAGUUCUACCCAUAAUUUUCGUUCUAUUGUUUUCUAGAAUGCCUGAGAGUCCUUAUUAUUACAUUAUGAAGUCGAAAUUUGACGAAGCGGAACAGUGUUUGAAAGAUUUGAGAAGGAAAGAUCAAGUUGAUAGAGAGCUUCAAUGUUUAAUAAACGACGUUAAUAGACAGAUGUCUGAACCUGGGAGGUAUCAGGAUUUGUAUCAAAUUCAGAGCAAUAGAAUCGCUUGUAUUGUAAUGUUCGGCUUAAGAAUUAUCCAACAGUUGAGUGGAACUUCGGCGAUUUCUUUAUACAUGCAGAUUAUAUUUAACAAAUCUACUAAUAUUUUAUCGAAAGAUUUAGCGUCAAUCUUCAUAUUUGGUUUACAAUUGAGCGUUAAUUUGACAGCUGUUUUUAUCGUUGAUAAAAUAGGACGAAAACCGCUGCUAACAAUUUCAUGUAUUGGAUGCUCUCUACCUUUAUUCAUCAUGGCUUUGUUUUUCGUCUUACAGGAUUACAGCAGUUACGAUUUAUCAGAUUUAAAUUAUAUCCCCUUAGUCGGUAUAGUAAUCUUCACCAUAGCUUUUGCUAUUGGUCAAGGUAACGUGGUGAAUCUCAUGAUUGGGGAGAUGUUUUCUUCAAGUAUUAAAGCGAAAGCUUCUUGUUUGAUGAACAUCCUUUUCGCUAUAUUUAUGAUUUUAACAACGAAAUUGUUUCAAUUGACUUCCGAUCAUAUAGGCAUGUAUGUACCGUUCUUUUUUUUCGCUUUUUGUCAAGUUGGUGGCGCUGCUUUCUCAUAUUUAGUCGUACCAGAAACAAAAGGGAAAAGUUUAGAAGAAAUACAGCAAAAAUUGAAAAAGAAAUGAACAGAAAAGAAGCGCUAUUUAUAAUUGUUAAUUUUAAUAUGAAUUAUAAUAGAUGUGGAUAUUUUUUUAAAUAAAAUUAUAUAUUUCUUA